CUGCCUAUUCCCUCCUCUCUAUCUCUCUCCUCCUUUUCUCUCUCUCCUCCUAUACACGUACACCCACAUACAUCUACCCCCCACACACAAUACCCCCUAUAUAAAUACAACAGCUGGGGUUAUAGGGAGGUUUUUUCUAGGUUAGUUAGAAUCUCCUCUCUCUCCUCCCCCUUCUUUCUCUCUCCUCUUCCGUUACACAGCCAAUUAUUCCUCUAACAAAGAGAAACGAAUCAAAUGGAAGAAGCAGGAGAAUAUUGUUCAAGCACAAGUACAACAAGAAGCACAACGGAGAAGAGGAAACAGAGACAGCACCAGAGAGAGAAGCCGUACCGGGGGAUACGGAUGAGGAAGUGGGGCAAGUGGGUGGCCGAGAUCCGAGAGCCCAACAAGCGCUCCCGGAUCUGGCUCGGGUCAUACUCCUCGCCUGUCGCGGCGGCCCGUGCCUAUGACACCGCCGUGUUCUACCUCCGCGGCCCCUCGGCGAGGCUGAAUUUCCCCGAGUUCAUAGUCGAGGAAGACGGGGUGGACGGCCACGACAUGUCGGCCGCGUCGAUUCGGAAGAAGGCGACCGAGGUCGGUGCUAGGGUCGACGCGCUCGAGUCGGCGCUGCAGCACCACGCGGCGGCGGUGGAGGCGGUGGAGAGUCGUUCGGGCCGUGCGUCGGUGAAGCCCGACCUGAACGAGUACCCGGACCCGGAAAACUCGGACGAUGACGAUUGAAGAGGAGUUUUUUUAGGGUUUGGUGUCGGAGGAUUAAGGCUUUUUUUGCAUAAAAAAAAGCGACUUCGUGAUCGGUGCAGAAAUUGCUAUCGAUCGAGAGAGAAGUCUUUGAACAUGAUCGAGAGAGAAGUCUUUGCACAUGAUCCGAAGGGAUCGUGUUUGAUUUAUUAGUGAAUCUUCUUUUGCGAUUAAAGUUUCGUCUCUCUCUCUCUCUCUAGAUAACUACUACUAGUAUAAAUAUCUCGAGGUAAAUAUAGUUGUAUCAAAUACAGAUUAAAGAGGCUUUUAACGGAGAUCCAAGUUUGUUUGUUCUAUGCAGUUGAUUUGUUGAUAA